UUUGCCUCGCCGCGGAUUCCACGCAACCUCGCCAAGACCUGCUCGUUGACUGGAAUUCAGUCUCAUAUGGUAGGAGGCAUAUAAUAACACGACCAAAUAUGAACUCGUCGCCAUGCCGAAUAUUGCCCUCCAACAAGACUAACAGAAUCAUUAUUCAACAACAAUCAUCCAUACGAUGCCUUCAAAGAUCCCACAACCGCCAAGCUUGCCCAUAGUCGGGAAUCUGUUCGACCUUGACCCUUUGAACGGCACGCAGAGUGUAGGACGACUGGCAGACAAAUAUGGGGAGAUAUUCAAGCUUAAGGUCCUUAAUUACGAGUUUUACAUCGUCUCAUCGGCUGCGCUUGUAGAAGAGCUAUGUGACGAGACCCGAUUCGAAAAGAAGAUUGACGAUGCCCUCGAAGAAGUCCGCAACCUUGCGGGAGAUGGCCUCUUCACUGCUCAUAACCACGAACACAACUGGGCGGCCGCCCACAGGACCCUCACGCCUGCGUUUGGGCCUCUUGCUAUCAAAGAUGCAUUUGAAGAAAUGCACGAUAUAUCAAGUCAACUGAUCGCCAAAUGGGCCCGGAAUGGUCCAGAUCGAGAGAUCGAUAUCACUGGUGAUAUGACGAGGCUGACACUCGACUCAAUAGCGCUGUGUGCUAUGGAUAUGCGGUUCAACUCGUUCUAUCGUGAAGACCUCCAUGAAUUCGUGCGAGCGAUGGCGGAUGUGCUGACAGAGGCUGGCCGGAGAACUCAGCGCACGAAGAUCCAAUCCUUGUUCAACCCUGGGGCAGAGAAGAAAUUCUUCAAAGACAUAGCCCUCAUGAAACGUGUGGCACAAGAAUGUGUCGAUCGACGGAAGCAGUCGCCUCGAAAGAAAGAUCUCCUCGACAUGAUGCUGAACGGCAAAGACCCUGCCACGGGGCUACCACUAACCGAUGAGACAGUGAUCAAUAAUAUGAUAACCUUCCUAGUAGCAGGGCACGAGACGACGUCAGGAUUGCUCUCUUUCACGAUUUACUACUUGCUCAAGAACCCUGAAGCACUGCACAAGGCCCAGCAAGAGGUCGACAACGUCGUUGGAUCUGGACCCGUGGAGUUCAAGCACAUGAGUAAGCUUCCGUACAUCGAAGCUGUCCUGCGCGAGACCCUUCGUCUCGCGCCCACCGCGCCCGGCUUCACCGUCGGCCCCAAAUCCACGAAGGAGCCGAUAGUGCUUGGUGGAAAAUAUGUCCUUCCAGGGGAUGCGAAAAUCACUGCGCUCCUCACGAAAAGCGGACGGGAUGCCGCAGUUUUUGGCGAGGACGCCAACGAGUUCAACCCGGAGCGAAUGCUCGACGAGAGCUUCAGAAAAAUACCUGUUGCUGCUUGGAAGCCAUUUGGGAAUGGCAAACGAGGGUGCAUUGGCAGACCUUUCGCGUGGCAAGAGGCGAUCCUGGCGAUGGCCCUUGUCCUUCAGAAUUUCAACUUGCGCAUGGCUGAUCCAAGCUACGAGUUGAAGAUCGCUGAAUCGCUCACGAUUAAGCCUGCCGGAUUUUACAUCAAAGCACGUCUGAGAGAGAACAUCGACCCCAUCACACUUGUGAAGAAGCUUCACGGCGCUCCUGCAAUGGAGCCAAGAGUUGACUCGGUCGCCAACGGACAUAUCGACAGUCGCGCGCCGACCAGCAACGGCGGCCGACUGACAAUCCUAUACGGCUCGUCAUCUGGGACUUGCGAGAACCUCGCCCAGUCUCUGGCGUCUACUGCUGAGGCUCGUGGCUUUGUGCCCACAGUGAGCUCACUGGACGGCGCGGUGGACAAUCUUCCCAAGGACCAUCCAGUCGUCUUUGUCUCUUGCACUUAUGAAGGAGAGCCACCUGAGAAUGCAAAGAUCUUUAUGCAAUGGCUCAAGACAACUGAGCCAGCCAAGAUCGCCGGUGUGAAAUUCGCGAUGUUUGGCUGUGGACACAAGGAUUGGGUAUCGACAUAUCAGAAAGUCCCACGAGCUAUUGCUCAAUUACUCGAAAGCAAAGGCGCAACUGUUCUGGUGGAACGUGGCGAGACCGAUGUGUCACAAGGCACGAUCUUCGACGAUUUUGAUGCCUGGUCCGACACUUUAUGGAAGGUGUUGUCUCCCGAUGUUGCGCAGAACGAUUCGCAGAGCACAUUCGAGAUCGAACUCUCCACCACGUCAAGAGCUUCACAUCUACAUUACCGUCUGCAGAAUGCCAAGGUGCUGGAAAAUAAGCGCAUCACCCACCCGGUCGCACCGGAGAAAAGACACCUAACGCUGCAGCUGCCCACGGAUAUGCGGUACGAAGCGGGCGAUUAUCUCGCCGUGCUGCCUUUGAAUCACGAGCAGGUCAUCUCGCGGGUUCUGCGCAGAUUCUCUUUACCAUGGGAUACGUCGAUGACAAUCACCAAUGGGUCUCAUGCUACGAUCCCCACCAAGCAGGAGCUACCCGUUUCCGUGGUGUUAGCCGGCUAUGUCGAGCUCAGCGUGCCAGCUACGAGAAAGAACAAGGAAAUUGUGGCCCAACAUGCCAAAGGGCCCCUGGCAGAUGACAGCGGUUCCGUCCUCGACAUCCUCGAAAGGUACCCAGAUAUCAAAAUUCCCUUCAGCAGCUUCCUCGCGAUGCACCCUUCCCUCCGCCUCCGCCAAUACAGCAUCUCAUCCUCCCCUCUCGCCGAAUCAACCCAAGCCACAAUUACCUUCAGCGUCAUCGAAAGCGAGAAACACAGAGGCACAGCAACCAGCUAUCUCAAAUCUCUCGAGCCAGGCUCAACUCUACAAGUCGCUGUCAAGAAGAGUUCACCAGCUUUCCACCUUCCUCUGGACGAUUCUUUGCCCAUCAUUAUGGGUGCCGCUGGAACAGGUCUCGCCCCUUUCCGCGGUUUUCUCCAAGAACGCGCCAUCAAAGCCGAAGCUUCAGGCAAGAAACUCGGCGAAGCUCUCCUCUUCGUUGGAUGUCGCAGACCGGACCACGAUAAGCUUUUCGCGCAAGAACUCGCUGAAUGGGAAGCUAAGGGCGUCGUAAAGGUCUUCUCCGCUUAUAGUCAAGCUUCGGAAGAAUCUGAGGGAUGCAAAUAUGUUCAGGACAGACUAUGGAAAGAAAGAGCGGAAGUGGCGAGGAUUUUCCAAAAUGAUGGCGCACGAGCGUAUAUUUGCGGGAGUGCGCAGGUGGGAAGAGCGAUUGGAGAUGUGGCGGUGAGGAUUAUGAAGGAGGAUAGUGAGAAGCCGGGAGAGGAGCUUUUGACGGAAGAACAGGCGAGGGAGAAAUGGGAGAACUGGAGAGGAGAGAGGUAUGCUGUUGAUGUUUUUGAUUGAUUGGUUUAGCGAAAGCGUUGGCCCUUCUAGGGUUCGCGAAAGGGGGUCGUAUUGCCAGGCAACUUAAGAUGGAUGAAUGAAUGUGACCAUGAUCCAUGGACCCCCAAAACGGAACCUCAGUUUCAACGGGUCUGCUAUACUACAUUGUGAACCUCUAGAAAUUUAUCUCAGAAGCGCUGUUUUGUUUAUGUUUCCAGGGAACUGAAGGUUGACUAUCUUUUAUGCUAAUAUACUAAUAUCGAAGCAAAGGGAACUAAAAAAUCUCGUGCAUACAUGUAUAUCCUCCGGCCUAACAUACUUCGAUGUCAAGAAAGUAUGACUGACUCAACGCCCAAAGCCACGGCAGUCAAUGGAAGAAACAGGCAUUGAUUGGAUUGCUGAGUACGGAUAAUGUAGAUUCAUGUUUCCCUCCUUACCCAAAUCGUCAAAGCCUGCCACGACAUCCAUGUCUAUUGCCUGUGACGAUUCAUUGGUGUUUCAUCAGAGUAAUGAGCGAUGAGAAGUU